UCAGUACAGAUGUGCCUCCGAAGUUUCGACCUGGCAUAUAAUGAACCACUUCUCGCACUAGUGCGUAAAAAAAACAACAUCUGUACUGAAAAAUACGUUAUUAAAAUAAAACGUUGGGAAUUUAGUUUCAAACGAGUUUUACAAAAUAUCGAUUUGAUUCACUUUGGAUUUGGACCGACAAAAAUAGCCAACUAGAAUUAUAUAAAGCUGCCAAAUAGUUUGACAAUAAUAUCCGUCUUACAAUUAAACACUAGUAGAAAAUGUAGUUCGAUAAAAAUCCUUAAAAUCAUAAAAAAAACCUUUCAAAAAUGAUUAAAAACAAAUCACAGCCAACUUUACACCAACCUGGAUCUCAUUGUCAGAAAUAAAUUGAAAACAUCGACGUUAGAUUAAUAAAUACCGAAACCUAGGCAAUCAUGUCCUGUGAAAAAAUCCCAUACAUCAAUUCUCCAUCACAACUCUUAUUUACAAUAUUACAGGAAUCAAUGUCGUGAGUUUGAGAAUGUGUCUGUGCGUGUGUGUGUGCACGUACCGCUGGUGUUGCGCCGCGCUGUGCGGGCCCGCCGCGCCCGCCGCGCGGGGCUGCGGCUCCUCCGACCUUACCCACGUACGGCCGCAGCUCGCUAGCGAACUUCACACCAAUAAAGAAUCUACGCGAGAUCUUGCUCUUGGAGUCACGAAAGAAGUUUUAGAAAUAUGGAAAAACAAAAAAGCGAAAAGUAAAGAAACGAAAGAUGUCGAAGAAACCGGUUCAAAAAAGAAAAUAUUCAAGUGAAGCUGAAGAUUAACAACCUCGAUCUAAUCAUUAGACGAGCGAUAAAAAGAAUCAACGUUAUCUGAUCGAUUUAUUAAAACCGGCUCAAUUAUGUCGAUAUUACUCCACCGCUUUCAUUAAUAAGGAUUCAAUAAUAAACAUUCUACUAUGAGCCAGCUCCA